AUGCGUAUUACAUCAACAUUGUCCGGCCUGUCUUGCGCCGCUCUCGCCAUACUACCAUGUGCCGCCCUCACCGUCGACCUGACUAGCGAGGAAUCCAUCAAGACGGCCGCCUCAACGGUCGCUCACGGCAUGAUGCGAUACUACAAUGGAAACCAGACUGGCGCUAUCCCUGGAUUGCUUCCUGGACCAUACUACUGGUGGGAAGCCGGCGCCAUGUUCGGUUCUCUCAUCGACUAUUGGUACUACACAGGCGACACGAGUUACAACGAUGUCACCACGCAGGCCAUGCUCUUCCAAGUCGGUGACAAGAACAACUACAUGCCCAACAACCAAAGUAAAUCUCUCGGAAAUGACGAUCAAGCCUUCUGGGGUAUGGCUGCCAUGUCUGCUGCCGAGCUCAAGUUCCCCAAUCCCCCCUCCGACAGGCCUCAGUGGCUCGCACUGGCCCAAGCUGUCUUCAACAGUCAAGCCCUGCGUUGGGAUAACUCGACAUGCGGCGGAGGUCUGAGAUGGCAAAUCUUCGCCUUCAACCAAGGCUACGACUACAAGAACACCAUCUCCAACGGCGCUUUCUUCAACAUUGCAGCACGUCUUGCUGCUUAUACUGGCAAUCAAACAUAUGCAGAGUGGGCCGAGAAAUCUUUCCAGUGGACUCAUGACAUUGGAUUGAUGAGCGACGACUACUAUUUCUACGACGGUAGUGACGACAAAAUUAAUUGCACCGAGCUCAACCACAUCCAAUGGUCUUACAACGCUGGUGUUCAUCUUCUCGGUGCUGCUACCAUGUGGAAUGUUACCCAAGAUGAGGUCUGGAGGGAGCGCACGCUCGGCAUCUGGAAUGCCACACAUGUCUUCUUCACUCAACAAGGCGGCCAAGGAGACGGACAGAUCAUGUUUGAGGUGGCCUGCGAACCGGGAAACAACUGCAACAUUGAUCAGCUUAGUUUCAAAGCCUACUUGUCACGCUGGAUGGCCGCGUCCACCAAAGUUGCCCCAUGGCUUUACGACGAUAUCAAGCCUUAUCUUGCAGCAUCUGCUCAGGCUGCAGCUCUUUCUUGCAGUGGAGGUGACGAUGGUACAACAUGUGGAACCAAGUGGUGGAACAAUGGAGCAUAUGAUGGAACUUACGGUGUGGGCCAACAAAUGUCCGCCCUCGAAGUUAUCCAAUCCAACCUUAUAGACAGGGUCCAAGGGCCUGUCUCAAAUUCGACUGGUGGAACUUCUCAGGGUAACCCCAAGUAA